UCAAUUCACUUUCACUAGAAUUUCUGUUCAAAGGCCCAAACCCCUCUCCGAUCAUUGCUCUCUCUUGAUCGCCGCCGUGGUCGACUCCCGCCGGCCACCCCGAACGUUUUCCCCGGCUAAUUCUUCCUCUCUAUCGUGUCCAUCCAAGAUGACAUCACUUGAAGAAAGGUUGCAAAAGUUCAAGAAGCAGCAAGAGAAGUGCCAAGCUAUUAGUAGUAUGGCUGCCAGAGCAGGACCUUCCAAGGUGGCAGCUCCUCCAAGACUAGCAAAUGCAAAACCUCCUGCGCCUGCAGUCAAAUUUUCUAAUGACACGGAAAGGCUCCAGCAUAUAAAUAGUAUAAGGAAAGCUCCUGUUGGGGCUCAGAUAAAACGUGUCAUAGACUUGCUUCUGGAGACAAGGCAAGCUUUCACACCAGAACAGAUCAAUGAAGCAUGUUAUGUUGAUAUAAAUGGCAAUAAAGCUGUGUUUGACAGUUUGAGGAACAACCUCAAAGUACAUUAUGAUGGCAAUCGCUUCUCUUAUAAGUCGAAACAUGCUUUGAAAAAUAAAGAUCAACUACUUAUCUUGAUACGAAAAUUCCCUGAGGGUAUUGCUGUAAUCGACCUCAAGGAUGCAUACCCAACUGUCAUGGAGGACCUGCAGGCUCUCAAAGGUGCUGGUCAAAUAUGGCUGCUGUCAAAUUUUGACUCCCAGGAAGACAUUGCCUUCCCUAAUGAUCCACGAGUACCUAUUAAGGUUGAUGAUGAUUUGAAACAGCUAUUCAGAGGUAUUGAAUUACCACGUGACAUGCUUGAUAUUGAAAGGGAUCUCCAGAAGAAUGGGAUGAAACCCGCUACAAACACUGCAAAGAGAAGGGCAAUGGCACAAGUUCAUGGCAUUGCCCCCAAGCCCAAAACCAAGAAGAAGAAGCAUGAGAUUAGCAAGAGGACUAAGCUUACAAAUGCUCACCUUCCAGAGCUCUUCAAACUUUAGAUUUCUAUUGGUUCAUAAACUUCUCCUGAAUUGAAAAGAAGCGCCGGAGUUCCUCUCAUAAAGAUUGUAGUCUUAAUUAGGCUUGGGGUAUGUUGCUCCUUUCCAGAUUCUGAUGUCUAGUGACUGAGCCUCCAGAUACCAAAUGCUUUAGACAUACGUCUAGCACAAAAAGCUCUUAAGAAUGAAGUUUUGGGUGUUCGAUUCCUAUUCACAAGGUGGUGUUUUAUCUUUGUUGUACCUGCUAAACUUGGGGGUGGGAAUGAUGCUAUUAUUUUGUGAGUGUAUUACUGGCUUGGGGGUUUUGGACCAUCAAAUUGUUAUGUAUAACCAAUUUCAUGAAGAUCAACAUCAUUUUGUAUCAUAUUGUUUGAUAUCAAUAUAUAUUACAAUUAAAAUCUA